AUAAAUUACGUUUUAGUGUUUGUUUUGUGUUCGUUUCUAACCUUUUGCAACAAUUUUAUUGUAUUUUCUUGAAUUUUUAUUAGAAAAAAGUGAUUUAAUACAAAAAUAGCUAUAAUAAGUAAGAGAAGGAACCUAUUAUGACUGUUAUAAACACCAUGAAAAAAAUAAAUAAAAAAAUACCAGGUCUCCUUCCACCGCCUCCCAAAACUGAAAUAGACGGUAAGAUUACUGAUUUAUCAUCAAAGAGUAUACCAGAGCUCCUAGAGCUUAAAGAAAGACAGCAAAAACUAAUUAAUAACAAGGCUUUUACAUCAAAGUUGGCAGAUAAUGGUGAAAAAAUCAAAUUGUUCUAUGAGAAAAUUUUAAGUACAUUGAAGGAGAAAGAAGAAGAGGAGCAGACUUGUCGCCUGUUUGACAACCUUAACCUCGGUGUAGAUAAGCAAUCCGUAGAGAACGUAGAAUGGGAAGGUAAGCUAGAGAACAAGAGAAAUGAGUACUUGGAUUCGGAUGACGACAGUGAACCAGAAGAUGUUCUACAUAUUUUAAGCCAAAGUACAUCUCUAGAAAAGAAAUUAAAGGUCUUACCACCUGAAAAGUCACUAAUUACAGCAGCAGACUUAGAGAACAUUGCUGAGUUACCUCAUGUCAAAUACCUUGUUGAGAAAACUGAGAAUAAUUCAAAACCAAAAGCAAUUGGACAGUUUAAACCUUUUAAAACAACUAAAUCUGAUGUCCACAACCCAGAGAAGGAGAUACAUAGAAAGAAGCAUAAAAACUGGGAGGUAACUGCAGCUACACCUCCACCCAUAGUGCACGGUCCUGCAAAAUUAUUAUCGUUAGAGGAAUCUCUACAACUACAAAAGGACUACAAUUUACAUUUGAAAGAAAUUGAAGCUCAGAAUGCAGCCGAGAAGUUGUUAGCGCGUGCAGGAAUUAAAAUGCCUGAGUUGCCGGUGGAUACUACUAAGUUUGGUGAUUACAGGGAUGCGGAUAGUGAUGACUCAGCCUUGUCUGAUGCUGAGGGCAGCGACAAGGAGGUACAUGAUGAGGAGCCUGAAAGAGGAGGAGUCAUAUUUACAGUUAUGAAAUGAAAGUAAUUUGGUAUAUUGUUUUUCCUUACUGAAGAUUACACAUACCUUUAAAUUACUGAAGCAUCUACUGCAAUUCAGAUGCCAUGAUCCUGACCAUUCACAAUGUUAAAGUCCAUCAGCUCAGCUGAAUAUUCAUCUAACAGCAGUUUGAUUUGUUAUGAUAGUUGGAGAAAAAAUAUACCUCUACAAGUAUUCUGUUCAUAAGUCUGUUUGUCCUAAGUACCUCUGUGCACAGUAUUUAGAAAUAAAAGUAACAUAUUGUACAGACAAACCUGCAUUAGUAACCUGUAUCAGAUAAACAAUCCGUACACGCAUGGUCCCUGAAAUGAAAAGAAAAUGUUUCCUUAUUGGCUGGCACAAUAAGCAGAUAACAUUGAAUUUGAAGUCCAAAUUCAAUCUCCACAUAGAUUGUAGUGUGUAUGGCAGUGAAUAUGACACUUAAGCAAACCUCUGCUAUGCUACUCAUUGUUGACCCAAUAAAGUCAAUUUACAUUCAGGUAUUAUAAUAAUUGAAUGUCUAUAAGAAUACAAUUGUGUGUAACACAUGUAAUUUUAAACAAAUAAAAUUUUCUCUAUUCAUUUAGAAGUAUUAAAUAUUUCAAAUGAAUCAAGAGCAAUCCGUGUAUCUCUGUACAAGUAUUGUUGUAAUAGAAUUAAGAAUCAAUAAAGAAAUAAAGUAUUUUUACAUUUA